AUGGUUACUGAUCUUAUUAAAAUUCCUUGUGUAAGGAAUUUCGUUUUUCGUGACCAUCUACAAUCGUAUCCUGAAUCAAUAGCUAAUAUUACUUUGCAUAAUGUUAUUAUUACAAAUAAACAACCCGAUGGAAAUUAUAAAGAACUAUGGAUAUUUUAUACUAAUAUGGAUGCGAUUCAACCAAAAUUUCCAAUGAAAAAUGAAUUUCGCUCACAAUUAACACCUUCACCAUCAUUAUCUUCCACUUAUACAAUUAUUCUUCGUCUUAAAACAUUAGAAACAUGUUAUUUUGACAUUCCAGUUUUGGACGAUGCAAUCAAAUUAGCUGAAUCAUUAGAUGCACUUAUAGCAAAUACAGAUGGAUCAAUUUGUGAUGUAACAUUUUUAUUUCCAUUUUGUUUUCCACGUGAUUUUGAAGUUAUUCAAGAUGGUUGGACAGCAUUUUCUGUCGAAUCUGAAUUUAGUCGUUUACAAGCCAUUAGUGAUGAAUGGCGUAUUAGUGAUAUUAAUAAAAAUUUUGCUAUCUGUGAAACUUAUUCCGAACGAUUAGUUGUACCAAAAUCAAUAACCGAUGAUUUUCUUAAACGUUCAGCAAAUUUUCGUAGUCAUGGUCGUUUUCCACUUUUAUGUUAUUUGCAUAAAUCAUCAAAAUCAUGUAUUAUUCGAUGUGCACAACCACUUAUUAGUUCAAGUGUACGACGUUGUAAAGAAGAUGAAGCACUUGUUAAUUCAAUGCUUACUCAACGUCAUAAAAAAGGAUGGAUACUUGAUACACGACAUCCAAAUAUAGUAAAACUUGCACAGAGUAGAGGUGGUGGAUGUGAACCAGAACAACAUUAUGCACUUUGGAAACGUCUUCAUCGACAUUUAGAUAAAUCUAAUGUUUUACAAGAAUCAUUUAUGAAAUUAAUGGAUGCAUGUAUUGAUCAAUCUGAUAAAGAUCGUUGGUUAUCAAAAUUAGAUAAUAGUAAUUGGUUACUUCACGUUAAAGAAGCAUUAACAGUAGCAUGUAUUAUUGCUCAAACAAUUGAUUGUGAAGAAACAUCAGUUCUUGUUCAUGGUAGUGAUGGAUGGGAUACAACAUUAUUAGUAACAAGUCUCGCUCAAGUAUUACUUGAUCCUGAUUGUCGUACAAUAACAGGUUUUGAAGCAUUAAUUGAACGUGAAUGGAUUCAAGCUGGACAUCCAUUUCGUUUACGUUGUACACGAUCAGCAUUUGGUAAAAGUAUUCAUGGACAAGAAUCACCUUUAUUUACACUUUUUCUUGAUUGUACUUGGCAACUUUUACAACAAUUUGCUUGUUCAUUUGAAUUUAAUGAUACAUUAUUAAUAGAAUUAUUUCAACAUGCUUAUUCAUCAAAAUUUGGAACAUUUAUAUUUAAUAAUGAAAAAGAAAAAAUAAAAUAUGAUGGUAUUAAAAAAACAGUUUCACUUUGGUCUUAUUUUAAUCGACCAGAAAUACUUCGUACAUUUUUAAAUCCAUUCUAUGAACCAAAUAUAAAUGUUUUAUGGCCAAGUGUAGCUGCACAAAGUAUUGUUCUCUGGCGUAGUUUAUAUCUACGAUUUUAUGAAAAUCAAACGCCUCAACAUGAAGCCUGGGAUGAAUAUUUGAUCAUUAAAGAAAAAGAAAUACAACUUCGUUCGUAUGUCAAUAAAUUAAGACAAGAAUUACUUGAACUUGAACGAAAGUGUACAGAAAAAAAUAACAAUAUGAUUAAGAUAGAAAAAGAUUCAGUCACAACAACUUAA